CACGACAUGAAAAUGUGAAGCUUCCUCUAUUCAUCUUAGGACAACAAGACAAUGUACAAACAGAAAGACAGGGGAAUGAAGUUUCCCCUCUAUUCUCUAAAGGGGCAUGGAAAAUUCUCUUUUGGGCAGCUUCAAAGCAGAUGAGUAUGAAAAAGCAGAAAGCAGAUGCACAUGUUUCAAUUUUAUGAAGUAUUGGAAAGAUUUACUAGACUUUGCUAGUAAAGCAUGGGAAAUGGGCCGCUCUGAUCCCAGGAAAGUCAUCUUUGCAAUAAAAAUGGGACUGGCUUUGUCCAUUGUUUCUCUGCUAAUAUUUUGGAAAAAAUCAUAUCAUGACAUUGGUCAGUACUCAAUCUGGGCUAUCCUCACGGUCAUUGUGAUGUUCGAGUUUAGCAUAGGAGGGACUUUCAUUAAGGGAUUCAAUCGGGGGUUGGGAACAUUGUUUGCUGGAAUACUUGCCUUCUGCUUUGCUGAGCUAUCUUUACUGGCUGCAAACUUGGAAGAAGUUGUAAUUGUUAUGAGCAUUUUCAUCGUUGGAUUUUUCGCAUCUUACUUGAAGCUGUACCCAACAAUGAAGCCCUACGAGUACGGCUUUCGGGUUUUUGUGUUGACAUAUUGUAUCCUCAUGGUUGCUGGGAACAGAACAAGGGAAUAUAAUGAGGCAGUUGCGACUCGAUUGGUGCUUAUUGCAGUGGGUGCUGCUGUUUGUUUGGUUGUGAAUAUAUGCAUAUACCCCAUAUGGUCAGGAGAGGAUCUGCAUAACUUGGUAGUGAAAAAUUUCAAGGGGGUUGCGGCUUCAUUAGAGGGCUGUGUUAAUGGGUACUUGAAGUGUACUGAAUAUGAGAGGAUCCCAUCAAAAAUUCUUACAUACCAAGCUGCAGAUGAUCCGCUAUACAAGGGCUACCGAUCCGCGGUAGAAUCUACGAGCCAAGAAGAAACUCUGUUGGGCUUUGCAAUCUGGGAACCACCUCAUGGGCGUUACAGAAUGUUGAAAUAUCCUUGGAUAAAUUUUGUCAAACUAAGUGGUGCACUGAGGCAUUGUGCAUUUAUGGUUAUGGCUCUACAUGGAUGCAUUCUUUCCGAAAUACAGGCCCCAGCAGAAAAGAGGCAGGUCUUUUGUAGCGAGCUCCAGCGGGUAGGAGCAGAAGGUGCAAAAGUCUUGCGAGAACUUGGAAAGAAAGUAGAGAAGAUGGAAAAGCUAGGCCCCGGCGACAUACUCAAAGAUGUGCACGAGGCAGCGGAGCAUUUACAGAAGAAGAUAGACCAAAAAUCGUACCUUCUGGUCAACUCAGAGAGGUGGGAAAUUGGAAGACGGCCUAAAGAGCUAGAAGACGACCCUCAAAGGCUUUUGGAUGCUAAGGAACUUGAUAAUAUGCAAUUGGGUUUUAAGUCCUUAAGUGAAACUGUGCUUGACCUGAGGCCAGUUACAACAGCAUGCACACCUUGUGCACCACAAAGUGCUUCAUCAGACAACAUGUUUAGGGAUCAAGCAUCUUGGCCCUUGCCUCUCUCAUUUGGUGGCCAUGGAGUCAUUAAUGAAGAUGAUUGCAGAACAUACGAAAGCGCAAGCGCCCUGUCCUUGGCCACAUUCGCAUCGCUUCUGAUCGAGCUUGUUGCCCGGCUCCAAAAUGUGGUUGACACCUUCCAAGAACUUGGGGAGAAAGCAGACUUUAAGGUGCCUGUUCUUAAUGCACCGCCUACAAAGAAAUCUGGGAUUUGGCCAUGGUAGCGGCAGAUUUGGGGUUUCAGGUACAAAACUUGAGAUGGGUUGGGUGUUUAAUUCAAACUACCGGCUUCCAUUUUCAUCAUCAUAUUCUUCCAAUUACUGGGUGAAGCUUCUGAAAAUCUUGUGGCAUUCGAUUGUGUUAUUACUUCAACCUAAUGGGAAACGUUAUUGAAGUUGGGCUGAAUGCUUAUUUUAUAUAGCAGAAAAUUCCAAUCUUGAAAAUAUAAGAUCCUAAUUCCAAAACAUUCAUGCAGUUUGUUAACUAUAUUGAAAAUUGCUCGUUAAGUUCCUUUGUUUAAUACAUUUGAUUUGUAAGUU